UCUUCUCCGGAAUCGUUUGCGGAUGGUGCGGUAUUGCUCACGGUCCUCUUCGACAAGCUGAUUGCAAUUCUAAUAUUAUAUUGUUGUUGUUGUUGUUGUUGUUCAAGUUGUGUCAUCCGUACCGCCGUAACGUACACUCGCGAGCUUCAUCCAACGGACACGACGACCGUCGGAAACGCACGUCGUCGUUAUUCCAUUCAAGACAUCACCAAACGCAUACCACCUGCAUACCGCACGUCUUAUGUUAGCCGGAAACAUGCCGUUAUUUGGAAAAUCACAGAAAAACCCAGUGGAGGUAGUAAAACAAAUAAAAGAAGCUGUGGUUGCAUUAGAAAAAGGAGAUAAAAAGUUAGAGAAAGCACAGGAAGAUGUUAGUAAAAACCUUUUAGUCAUAAAAAAUUUAUUAUAUGGAACUGCAGAUACUGAGCCCUUGUCUGAUAUUGUUGUUGCUCAGUUAGCACAAGAAAUGUACAACAACAAUUUAUUGCUGAUGUUGGUACAAAAUUUGACAAAAAUAGACUUUGAAGGCAAAAAGGACGUAGCUCAAGUUUUUAACAAUGUUCUUCGUCGGCAAUUGGGUAGCCGAUCACCUACUGUUGAACAUAUCUGUGCAAAAUCUGAAAUUCUGUUUACUCUUAUUGCCGGGUAUGAACAUCAAGAAAUAGCUCUUAACUGUGGAACAAUGUUACGUGAAUGUGCUAGAUAUGAAGCAUUAGCAAAAAUAAUGCUGUACUCAAAAGAAUUUUUCAAUUUUUUUCGUUAUGUAGAAGUUUCAACUUUUGAUAUUGCUUCAGAUGCAUUUUCCACAUUUAAGGAGUUGCUGACUAGACACAAACCACUCUGUGCUGAAUUCCUUGAAAUCAACUAUGAUAAAGUGUUCACACAUUAUCAACAGCUACUGAACUCCGAAAAUUAUGUAACUCGUCGCCAAAGUCUCAAACUACUUGGUGAACUGUUGUUAGACCGUCAUAAUUUUACGGUAAUGACUCGUUACAUAUCAAAUCCUGACAAUUUGAAAUUGAUGAUGAAUAUGUUAAAAGAAAAAUCUAGAAAUAUCCAAUUUGAAGCUUUUCAUGUUUUUAAGGUAUUUGUUGCUAAUCCUAAUAAACCCAAGCCUAUUCUUGACAUUUUGCUUCGUAACCAAGACAAGCUGGUUGAAUUCCUGACAAGAUUUCAUACUGAACGAUCUGAAGAUGAACAGUUCAAUGAUGAAAAGGCGUAUUUGAUCAAACAAAUUAAAGAGCUCAAACCCACUACUAGUGAUCAAUGAUUUAGGGUGUAUGCAACUCGAAACUAUGACUAUUCGGGUUGUUGAUAAUUAUUUUACUUGUCAUCAUUUUAUUUUAAGUUAGAUUAUAUUUAGGGGUAAUAACACAUUUAUAUAAUUUGGUUUUCGAAGGGGCAUUUCAAAUUUUUACGCGUAACAAAUAUACUUUAUUUAUUUAUUUAUUUUUUUAAAAAUGCCUCAAUGUUAAAGAAAUUUAAUUAUACUUGUUUGCAUAAUAGGAAUUAUAACAUCAGAAAGUGGAAUGUAGGUGCAAUCUUAUUGUAUUCAUUUGUUAUGAUUUGUAAUUUCUAUUAGUAAACACACAUACAUACUAUGUCAAAUAUACAUAUAUGUGUGUAUGAGUAUAAUUAUGUCAAGUGUUUAUAUGGAUAAUCAAUGUAAUCAUUAAGAAGAAAAAUAAGUUUUUAUAUUAGAGUACUGUUGUAUUAAACAUUUUAAAAUGGUUUAUACAUUGUAUUCGUUAGAAAAAAAAAAUCCUUAUAUUUUAAUUAUAAACAAUCUGUUUAUAAUUAAAUAUUUAACUAAUUAUAUUUAUAUACUGUAUGAAAGGACUUUUUAGAAAAAUUAAUGUUUGUUACCUAUGCAUUCAAAAAAAAAGUACAUAAAACGAGGUUCACUAUUAAAUUUUAUUUUUUAAACUAAAAUCUAUUCAGGAAUUUUAUACAACAAAUUCUUUAAUUGUUUGUCGUUAUAAUAUUGUUGGUUUAUUAAUUAAUAUUGCUACAAAUGUAUCAUGAAAGCAUAAAUGUUUUUCAAAAUAUUUUUGGUAAUAAUAAUUAUGUGGUAUUUUUGUAUUGCAAUAAUCAGUUUAGUGGAAAUUAUAAUACUUAGAUUAUAAAGUCUUUUAUACAUCAAUAAAAUAAAUAGUUCAAA